CCAGACGUAAGGGAUGAUUUUUCACCGAGAGGCGGGAGAUGGCUUCACAAUCUUUGUACUCUAACAGGAUGGGGCUGCCAUCUUGACUUUGGUCAUGAAAGCAUUUCUGGAUCGGAUCAACUUCAACUUCCUGGGAAGUGGCUGAAAACGUCCUUGUUACGUGAGGGAAGCAAGGACGGCCAUCUUUAAGAAGGGCGUGACUGGUUGAAAAUAGCUCUGGUCUCUCAGCACUUCGAGGAUGGCUCUACAGGAUGUGUGUAAGUGGCAGUCCCCUGAAACCCAGGGACCAUCCACUCACCUGCCUCAGGCUGGUGACUGGGCUGUACCUCGUGGCUGUGACCUGAAAACCUUCCUGCAGAUGCAUGGCCCCAGGCUAGCCCAUGGCACCACCACCCUGGCCUUCCGCUUCCGACAUGGAGUCAUCGCUGCAGCCGACACACGUUCCUCCUGUGGCAGCUAUGUGGCCUGUCCAUCCUCUCUCAAGGUCAUCCCUGUGCACCAGCACCUCCUGGGUACCACCUCUGGUACCUCCGCUGACUGCGCCACAUGGUACCGAGUGCUACAGCGGGAGCUGCGGCUUCGGGAGCUGAGGGAGGGUCAGCUGCCCAGUGUGGCUAGUGCAGCCAAGCUCUUGUCAGUCAUGAUGUCCCGCUACCGGGGGCUGGAUCUGUGUGUGGCCACUGCCCUGUGUGGUUGGGACCGCUCUGGUCCUGCCCUCUUCUAUGUCUACAGCGAUGGUACCCGCCUGCAGGGGGACAUAUUCUCUGUGGGCUCCGGAUCUCCCUAUGCCUAUGGUGUGCUAGACCGCAGCUACCAUUAUGACAUGACCAUCCAGGAAGCCUAUGCCCUGGCCCGCUGCGCUGUGGCCCACGCCACCCACCGUGAUGCCUACUCAGGAGGCUCAGUUGACCUUUUCCACGUGCGGGAAAGUGGAUGGGAAUACGUGUCACGCAAUGAUGCCUGUGUGCUGUACAUGGAGCUGCAGAAGCUUCCAGAGCCAGAGCCAGAAGGGAAUACCAACCAGGCCGACAGAGCUGGGGAAUGUGGAAAAAUCUCUUCAGGGCCAGGGGAGCUGUCACCAGAAGACUCCAGGAUGCCAGCCAAAACUGAGACACUGUGAAAAGUAGCAGAACUUGGGGAACCCAUGCUCAGGGUGGGUGGUA